CGUUGUUGUUUAUAAACAGAAGGAAGCACUGCGGAAUGACAGAUUAAAGUUAGCCUUGUUUCGAUAUACAAUGAAAUUUCUUAUCUUCGUCGGGUUGAUUGGACAUGUAUUUUGUGUAGGGGGAUUUGGGAGUCCAGGAAGUAUAGCCGCAUCCGAAAUUCCAGAUCAAGUUAUUGAAGCAACAAAACAAGAACUUCAAAAACAAAACCUUGUUUACACUGACACGGAUUUAAGAGCCCAGGCCUCUAAUGUUCAAAGACAGGUUGUUGCAGGAUAUAUCUACAAAUAUACUGUUACACUUAACACUGCAGAUGGAGGAAAACAAGAAUGUACUUUUAAAAUUUGGUACAAAGAAUGGGAGAAGUUUGUUCAAGUGCAGCAAUCAGAUUGUAAACCAGCAGGGAUAGUCAAACGUCAAUUAGGUGAACAUUUCUUAGCAGGAGGAGUCAGUGCAGCAGACUGUAAUUCAGAUACCUUUCAGGCACCUUUACAGGAAGCCGUCAGACAUGUCAACAUGAUGUCAAAUAGCAUGUUUCAUAUGACACCUGUACAAGUUUCCAAAUGUACAACACAGGUUGUUGCUGGUGCAAAGUACACAAUGAACGUUGAUUUCCAACAAUCAGAGACAUGCAUGAAUGACAAGGAUCACAUGACAUCAUUGUUGGCCGAUUGUCCACCAAGUAACUCUGCUACUCAUACUGACCACUUCCAGUGUACAGUAGUGUAUGCACCAUGGCAUAAAACUAAAUAUGAGACUGACUGUAAAAUGGUCCAGACACAACCAAAACCAAAGUUAGGUGGAGAUGGACAUGAUCUUUGUCAUGGUGGAAUGUUCAAGGAUUUCCAAAAGAAACAUCAAAAAUUUUAUUCAACACAAGAAGAGGAGAAAAAAAGAUUUGGUAUUUUUUGUGAGAACAUGAAAACUGUCAGAAAAAUCCAGAAGAAAGAACAAGGAACUGCAGUGUAUGGAGCUACCAAGUUUGCUGAUUUGACAGAGAAGGAAUUCAAGAAAUAUGUUGGAAAGAAAUGGAACUUGAUAAAGAAUACCAACAAAGACAUGAAACAAGCUUAUAUCAGACCCAGAUCAAUCCCAGAAUCCUUUGAUUGGAGAGAUCACAAUGCAGUCUCUGAUGUGAAGAAUCAGGGAAGCUGUGGAUCAUGUUGGGCUUUCUCUACAACAGGCAACAUAGAGGGACAGUGGGCAAUACAGAAGAAACAACUGGUGUCUUUAUCAGAGCAGGAGUUGGUGAGCUGUGAUAAAGUAGACCAAGGAUGUGAGGGAGGAUUACCAUCCAAUGCAUACAAGGAAAUUGAAAGACUAGGUGGACUUGAGACAGAAUCACAGUACAAGUAUGAUGGAGUUGAUGAAAAGUGCACCUUCAACAGAUCUGAUGCCAAAUUUUACAUCAACAGCUCAUUGUCUAUAUCCAGUGAUGAGUCAGAAAUGGCACAAUGGCUGUAUGAAAAUGGACCUAUAUCUAUUGGUAUCAAUGCCUUUGUGAUGCAGUUUUACAUGGGAGGAAUCUCACAUCCCUGGAAGAUUUUCUGUAACCCUAAAGAAUUGGACCAUGGUGUACUCAUUGUAGGUUAUGGUGUUGAUGGAAGCAAACCCUACUGGAUAGUGAAAAACAGCUGGGGACCAGACUGGGGAGAAAAGGGAUAUUACCUAGUGUAUCGUGGAGAUGGAGUUUGUGGACUGAAUACUUUGUGUACAUCAGCUAUCGUUAAAUAAACAAGUUAUCAUCCAACUACCAGUACUGUAUCUGUGAUUCAAAUAUAUAUAAUGUAUAUACACAAAGAAGAUUUUUUUUCAUAUUGUUUUUUUUUUCAUCUUUGACAUUAAAAUUUGUAUCAUAUGUUUAAUUUUUUUUUUUGUAUAAAUUUAUCUAACUUAUUUUUGGUUAUUUUUAGAAUAUUUAAUAUAAUUUAUAAUUACUUUUGACGUUGUUGAUAUUGAAAAAGGUUUGUGCAGUGUUCAUUUUUUGUAUAAAAAUGUAAAUUGUGUAUUAUUUUACAAGUUUAUAUCUGAACUAAUAAAUAAAUGUUUUGACAUACUAAAAAUCAGUAACUAUAGAUUUUACCACAUCAAUGUUAUCCAUUUUUGAUAGUAAAAUAUUUAAAUUUUCAAAUAUUAGGCUUUUUAAUACCUAGCUUUUGAAUAAUAAGCCUUAAUUUUUUUCAGAAUUUUGAAUUAAAAAAUCAUAUAGGAUAAGAAAGAAACUCAGAUCAAAGGAAAAAAAAUUUAUUGCAUUCUUCAAAUAUUAUAAAAAUGAAUAUGUUGUCCACAAAAUGUACUUUAAUAUUUUGUGUUGUGUGUAUUUUGAUAUAUUUAAAAUUUAUUUAGUUAAGAACAUAUUAAUCAGUAAAAAAAAUUUUUAAUUUAUUUUUUUUGAAUUCAUACUUGAAAAUCAUUUUGAUAAUGGUAAUGUGUUUCUUAUUUGUAUUACAAUGUAAAGAUUAACAAACUGACAUAUAUCUAGUUUAACAGAAACAUUGCCUUACUUUUAUCGUAAUGUAUUGUUUUUGUGGCAUUUGUGGUGCCCAAUAGACUAUAAUUUAAAAGAACAGGUUUUUUUCUGUGCUUAUCCAACAAACUCUAAUUUUGAAAAGGUUUUAUGAAAGGAUACAUAGCUAUGUCAUGCUCAUCUAUAAGAAUAGUAUCAUAGUAACAAAAACAAAUAACUUUUUGGGUUAAUUUGCCAGAAGUGUCCACUUAUGGUAUUUAGAAAAAGAAAAAAAUGAUUGUUUCUGUAAUCUACAAGGCACUUUUCAAAAACCAGAAGGACUCACUUAUGAUUGAGAUAGAAAAUUCCUGUAAUGUAAAUAUAAAUGCACCUGUUAAGUUAUUUUUAUUAUGAAAUGAUAUUAUGAAAUGAUAUUUGAAAGUGAUAAUGAAUCAAUUUUGACUUUAACAAAUACAUGUACAUGUACUAUUAAUGGGCUGGGACACAAAAAAGAUAAUUUGAGAGAAAAUUUUGAUGCAGCUGUUUUUAUAUAAAUGAUCAGUACAUUCCAUGGUUAUAAACAGUUUUAAAAUUAAAGACCGAUAUAUAUUUUAUGAUCAAUUCUAUAAACUAUAAUCAGAUAAACUUCAUUGUUUCCUAAAAAAAAAAUUCUCAAUAAAAGAUUUUUCAUA